AUGAAAGCCGUCGAAUUCGGACAUACGUCGAUAGUACAGCUUCUUGUUGAUAACGGUGCUGAUAUAAAUUCAAGCGGAGAUUUAGGUCAGACCGCUGUGUCAGUUGCAUGCGAACGCGGCAAUGGUAAUCUGGUCAAAUACCUUCUGGAUAGUGGUGCCAGGCCAUCUCAUAGUCUGACAUACGCAAUACAUCAAGGGUCCCUGUUGAUUUGUCAACUAUUAUUGGACGCUGGCGCUGAGGUCGAUGAGCAAAUAGAAAAAGAGAUUCCAUUGAUUGUGGCGGCUACACGGGGCAAUAAUGCUAUUUGCCAACUUGUUCUGGAUUUUGGUGCAGAUGUCAACCAACUGAUUAAGAUUGACGGUCGGGUGGAUCCCAUUUAUCCGACCGACGCAUUAACUGCAGCUACUAUGUGGGAAAAUUUUCAGACGGUGGAACUACUUCUCUCCCACGGGGCUCUUAUCAGAGGUAGCGCUCUUGCGUACUCUAUAACUGGACUGGAAGACGGAAUCCUUGACUCGCAUCGUGAGAUCUGUUACAUUCUGAUCCAGCACGGGGCCGACAUGAAUCCAGAUCUUGGGGGUUUCUAUAACACGCCGCUCGCUAUGGCGCUCCACAAUGACUGGUUGGAUAUUGCGAGAUGUAUGAUCAGCAAGGGUGCGCGAGUUGACCCGAGUGAUCCUACCUGCCUUUCAGCAGGGAACAUUCUGGUUGAAGCGGUUUGCAGCGUCGAGAUGACCCGUGAAAUUCUAGGUAUGGGCGUUGACGCUGAUUCUCCAAUUGCAGCUGUUGACGCAUGGGCAUAUGAGAUCGAUGACGAUGCCUGCGAUUUCACUACGGCCCUUCAAGCUGCAACAUACUAUAGAAAUUUUGACACUGUGAACCUGUUACUCGAAAGUGGUGCCAAUCCAAACAUCUUUGGUCCACCAUACGGAAGCCCCUUGUUUUCUCUUGUCGCAGGAGCCUGUUUUGCCAUAGAAAACGUCUGGCCCAAGUUGGGAGGAGAGGCAGAGAAAGAAACCUACAAUCUUAAUUUCAUAGACAAGACAGCCCAGAUUUAUAUGAUGUUGCAGGAGCGACAUGCCAACAAUGUUGUCCCAUUGGGGUCACUGAAUUAUCGUGCGUUCUGUGAAUGCGUGAGAGGGAUGGAAUAUUUAACCGGUGUCGUUGUACCUAACUCCAUCGACAAGGAAACUUUUGAUGUACUCUCUGGAGGGAUAUUUUAUCGAGUUGUGGGCAGAUAG